AUGAAGUCAACAUCUAUUGCCCUCGCACUUGCGAGCACCCUCACCGGCGCAAACGCAUACUGGAAAGGUUUCAACUCCCAAGCUACCCUCGGAAACGGUGCUUGCAAGACCCAAGCUGAUUGGGAAAACGAUUUCCGCCUCAUCCAAUCAUUCCCCGGUGGAUUCGACAGUCUAAGAGUCUACGCAUCAUCGGAUUGUAACACCAUUGCCAACGUUGCCCCAGCUGCUAUUGCCACCGGCGGAAAAGUUCUCUUAGGUGUUUGGACCGAGGAUGCCGCUCAUUACGAUGCCGAGAAACAAGCUUUGUUGCACGCCGUUCAGACUUAUGGUUUCGAUUGGGUCGUUGCAGUAUCCGUUGGUUCGGAAGAUUUGUACAGAGGAGAUACUACCGCUUCCACACUCGCACAACAGAUCUACGACGUUAGAGGAAUGUUGAGCACUGUUGCAGGAUACAGUAGCGCAGUACAAGUUGGACACGUCGAUACAUGGACCAUGUGGGUUGAUGGAAGAAACACUGAAGUUAUCAAAGCAUGUGACUUUAUCGGAUUGGACGGUUACCCCUAUUUCCAAAACACACAAAACAACGAUAUCAGCCAGGGUUCUCAACUAUUCUGGGACUCUGUAAACCAAGUCCGCUCGACUGUUCAGAACGCUCAAAGUGGCGCUUGGGUUUGGGUUACGGAGAGUGGAUGGCCUACUGCAGGUGCCCAGGAGAAUGCGGCUGUUGCAUCGGUUGAUAAUGCUCGUACUUACUGGAAGAAUGUUGCUUGCGAGGCAUUCAACCAGGGACACACUUUCUGGUACUCUCUUCAGGACUUUGAUGCCAGCCCAUCGUUCGGUGUUGUAGAUGGAAAUGGUAACCUCAAGUAUGAUUUGAGCUGUUAA